AAACUUGAAGUCGUACUUCAGUCUGGAAUUUAAUUUCAAGGUAAAAAUAUUACUUGUAAACUAUCAGAAUUUUUCAAAAAAUAAGAGGAUGAAGAUCGCAAUAAUUUUGGUCUUGACUGUAGCACUAUUGGCUCAGGAAACAUUAGCCAGGAAAGGCAAAGGGGGAAAGGGCAAGGACAGUAGCACUGGGAAUGGCAGUAGCACUAUAAGACCUAGCGGCCAAGGUCAAAAUGGUCAACAGGGCGGCCAAGGUCAAAAUGGUCAACAGGGCGGCCAAGGUCAAAAUGGUCAACAGGGCGGCCAAGGUCAAAAUGGUCAACAGGGCGGCCAAGGUCAAAAUGGUCAACAGGGCGGCCAAGGUCAAAAUGGUCAACAGGGCGGCCAAGGUCAAAAUGGUCAACAGGGCGGCCAAGGUCAAAAUGGUCAACAGGCGGCCAAGGUCAAAAUGGUCAACAGGGCGGCCAAGGUCAAAGUGGUCAACAGGGCGGCCAAGGUCAAAGUGGUCAACAGGGCGGCCAAGGUCAAAAUGGUCAACAGGGCGGCCAAGGUCAAAAUGGUCAACAGGGCGGCCAAGGUCAAAAUGGUCAACAGGGCGGCCAAGGUCAAAAUGGUCAACAGGGCGGCCAAGGUCAAAGUGGUCAACAGGGCGGCCAAGGUCAAAAUGGUCAACAGGGCGGCCAAGGUCAAAAUGGUCAACAGGGCGGCCAAGGUCAAAGUGGUCAACAGGGCGGCCAAGGUCAAAGUGGUCAACAGGGCGGUUGGCGGACAACAGCCCGGGCAACAACUAUUUCUUCAAGGCAAACUUCUCCCAUGCCGGCUGCGGGGAAAUAGACAUAUCUAUUGUACUUAUGUAAGAAUGUCAUGAAAUAAAUUACUACUCAUUGCCA